GCAUACUCAAUCGCUGCACGUGCAUUAAGCAUGCUAGGGGGUGGCUGAAUGCGGCAAUCGCUAGGUUUGGGUGUAUCUGGUAACGUCAAACAAAAGAAAGGAUAAGACAUCUGGGAACCGAUUGCAUCGGUCGGCGACAUGGCGGAGUGGGCCGGCGCGUCGGAGAGCGAUCUGAAGGAGGCUGAAGCAGAGCUGCUGCCGGAGGGGCGGAGUGGGUUGCGGAUCAAGGGUUGGCUCGUCGAGUCAAGCAAGCGCCCCAUCCUUGGCUCUCUCGCCCGUGAGGAGUUGGAAAAAGAACUGGGAGUGUCACACUUACCGGAAAUGGUGUUUGGAGGAAGUGCUUUAUGUCUUUUGCAUGAAGGAAGUGGUGUUAAGUUGCACUAUAAUGCAGUUGAUGCUCUAAAGGGUUGGAUGGAAGAAGCACUGCCACCAGUUGAAGUCCCAGCUGCUGCAAAAUGGAAAUUUAGAAGUAAACCAUCACAGCAAGUGAUUCUAGACUAUGAUUACACAUUUACAACACCAUACAGCGGAAGUGAGACACUAGAUACAGAACCAGAAAAGACAAAUCCUGAAGAAUACCAUAGACUUUAUUGGCAAGAGUGUGAUGAACAAAUUGAUCUGACUGUAUUAUCAAAAAAGGAACCAAUACUGUUCUACAAUGAGGUAGUCUUAUAUGAGGAUGAGUUGGCUGAUAAUGGAGUGUCACUUUUAACUGUGAAAGUGAGAGUCAUGCCUAGUGGCUGGUUUCUUCUGCUGCGCUACUGGCUUAGAGUUGAUGGAGUACUGAUGAGGUUAAGGGAUACUCGAGUAUAUUGUGCCUUUUCCAGUGAUGACAAGGAAAUGCCGGUGAUCAUCAGAGAAAUCUGCUGGAGAGAAGCUACUAUUCACAGUUUAUCUACUAAAGGCUUUCCUUCUGAUUCCACUGCGUACAUGGAUCCAAAUCCUAUCAGUCAGAAGCUCCCCAUAAUCAAACACAAAUCCCAAAGGCUGAUCCUUUCCAGGUCUGCCGAUUAAAGAUGGCGGAGUGGAGAUUGCUGACAGCUUGAUGAACUCGCACCGUAUUCCAAUAUCCUCUUAUGUACGCUAGAUUAUUCGAUGGAUAGGAUGAUGAUCAAAUUAAACAGCCACACAGCUUUUUUUGUCCAUAUUAGUUUAUCAUUUCGCUCUUUAAAAUGCCAACCUGUUUCGUUUGCAAUUCUCUUUCUAAAUGCAAAUUAUGUGAUAUGACUGUCUGCA